AUGUUUGGCGGGGGGGCUGGAAACGAGUUGGUUGUGGCAGUGGACUUCGGAACAACUCGAACAGCCUAUGCCACCACACGACGAGGGACGGACAAGAACGAUAUUGAAGUCAGCAUACCCUCUGGAGCGAGCAGGGUAUCCAUAUUCCAUGAUUCCAAGACACCGUCCAGCAUUCUUCUCAACGAAACUGGGACGAAAGUAGUUGCGUACGGAUACGCUGCAGAAGAGAAAUACGCCAACAAGAAAUAUGAGAGUUGUCUGUUCUUCCGGCACUUCAAAUUGGGUUUGGCAAAUGCCGCAGUGCCAGAUCCCAGUGUGAAAGCUCUUAACGGAAGGUCGUUGAGGCUUUCUGUUGUGAUAUCUAAGGCUCUGGAGUAUGUGAAAGAUGACGCCGUCAAGAAUUUGAAUGCCAAGGGAUUUGCCACUCGAGCGACCAGCAUAAUCUGGGUCAUCACAGUUCCAACAAUGUGGAAUGAUUGGGCCAAGGAAAUGAUGAGGAAUGCAGCCUACAACGCUGGCAUGAUUUGUGAACUUCACUCUCCCAAUCUCAAAAUUGCUCUGGAGCCGGAAUGUGCUUGCAUUUCCUUACAAAUGGAAAAGGUUCAAGGCGUUCCGUGUGGUGUUGGAGAUAAACUGAUGAUUGUAGACUGUGGUGGUGGCACUGUGGAUAUAACAGCCCACCAAGUGGAGCAAACAGAUCCCCUGAGUCUCAAGGAACUGAUGGCUCCAGAUGGUGGCCCGUAUGGAGCCAUGUGUGUCGACGCAAAGUUCUAUGAAUUCCUCGAAGCCUUCAUUGGUGGCAGCAACUAUGAUUCUCUUUGUAAACGAAGGGAGUUCCUUGCUGUAGCGUGGAACUGGGAGGACAAAAAAGUGUCCUUUACAGGGAGUGAGAAUGACGACGACAAGUGGUUGGCUGCGUUGAAUUUUGGGGACAUCCUUAUAGCCCUCAAUAUGAAUGGGCAGAUGGGAACCCUCAUUUCGGAGUGGAAUAAGAAGAACCACCACCGCCGAGUGGAGGAACUCGAUUCAGGCACAGUCGGCAUUUCCUUCAACCUCAUGAUGUCAUUCUUUGAGGGUCCCAUUCAAAACAUCGUGGACAAGAUCAAUUCGAUCGUAAUAUCCCCACACAACAGGCCAUCUCUGACAGGCCUUGGUUGGGUGGUGAUUGCUGGAGGGUUUGGGCGGAGCGCCAUGCUGCAGAAGAAGAUCCGCGAAAAUCUCCAAGACAGAGACUUCAAAGUUGUCAUUUGUCCACAUCCGGAUCUCGCCAUCGUCAAAGGCGCAACGGCGUUUGGGACAAGACCCGAGGACUAUGCCACAACAUUCGCCCGGGAAAGAUCAAUCCUGGAGCAGCAGAUUCAACGAUUCAGUUUGGCUGUGAAUUGGGGCGAUGCCAAGAUCAAGGAAUUGGAGCGGCUAGUUCACGCUGAGCGUCAUGAGUCGCAGUGCAAAAUCGAAAACCUGACAGCGCAGCUUCAAAGCAUGGAGGAGGAAAAAUUGGAGAUGGCAAGGAACCUAACAUUCCUUCUGCGUUCCCAGAGCUUUUCGGGGCCGUGCGACUUCCCCCUCGAAACCGAGACGACGCUGUACCUCAAGAAGGCCACGAAUACUUUCGAGACUCUGUAUUACCGAAACUUCAACAAGGCUGUGAAAGGCUUCAGCACCCUGUCUUGCCAUU